UUGACUGGUUUUACCUAUGCAGCCCUCCAAACGCUUCAUUUGGCCGGGAUCUCAACCACGUCAAGACUUCCCAAACCUCGGCAUUUAAAAGACUUACAUAUAUCUGCGUUGUGGACCGACGUGGCCCGAGUAUCUGUCGGCAUCACACGCCGGUGUCGGAUGAGGAGAUCUCGUUCGGCUGAGCCUCGUGAUCCCUCUUGAAGAUGAUGAGGUCCUCCGCGGUUGGUCUGUUUCCCUUGGUUACGGCAGUCGGGGGCGGCCUCCUAUGACAUGGUGAAAGACUCAUAAAGACCGGUCGCCGCGAUGGCAUCCAUGGUCGCCAACGGAAACCAAGGCGCGCCGACUAUGGUGCUCCGGGGGGCCGAUCCAGAGACGUGCAUGAUCGUGUUCAAGAACCACUGGGCUCAGGUGGUGAAGAUCCUGGAAAAACACGACCCCCUGCGCGGCGGCACGUCGGCCGCGGCGCCCUCGCCGGGCACGCUGGGCCUGAGCGGCGGCCCGCGCUUCGGCCCCGUGCCGGGCGACGAGGCGAGCGCGGUGCAGAACUACGUGGAGCACAUGCUCUUCUUGCUGAUGGAGGAGGACUGCGGCAAGGCGGGGGCCAUGGGCCCCAUCCUGGAGUUCGUGGUGCUGGAGAACGUGAUGGAGCGCCUGUUCGUCUGGAGCCUGCGCCGCGAGUUCACCGACGCCAUGAAGCUGGAGCAGCUGAAGAUGUACGAGAUGCUGGUCUGCCAGUCGCGCCAACCCCUCCUGCACCACAAACCGGUGCUGCGACCGCUCAUGAUGCUGCUGUCGGCGUGCUCCGGAUCGGGCGGGGAGCCCGCCGUGGAGGCCCAGCUGGUGCUCCUCCUGCACCAGCUCUGCUGCGUCCUGGCCAAGGACCCGUCCGUCCUGGAGCUGUUCUUCCACACCAGCGAGGACCAGGGCGCGGCCAACUUCCUCAUCUUCUCGCUGCUCAUCCCUUUCAUCCACCGCGAGGGCGCUGUGGGGCAGCAGGCGCGAGACGCCCUCCUGCUCAUCAUGUCCUUGUCGGCAGAGAACCGGCGGGUGGCCGGACACGUGGCGGAGAACACCUUCUUCUGUCCGGUUCUCGCCACGGGCCUCAGCGGCCUUUAUUCGUCGCUGCCCACCAAGCUGGAAACCCCCAGUGACGAGUGGCACUAUCUGCACAGGGACGACUGGAUCCGCGUGCCCCCCCUGGUCCAGUUUCUCAACUCCCUGGAAUUUUGCAAUGCUGUCAUCCAGGUGGCUCACCCUGAUAUCAGAGACCAGCUGCUGGGGUACAUCUACAAUGGUUUCCUCGUGCCCGUACUUGCACCCGCUCUCCACAAGCUGACCCUGGAGGAGGUGAUGACCACCACAGCGUACCUGGACCUGUUCCUGAGAAGCAUCAGCGAGCCGGCCCUGCUGCAGACCUUCCUGUCCUUCAUCCUGCUCCACCGCCACGAAAAUGUCCACAUUUUAGACACGCUGGUCAGCCGGAUCAACACACCCUUCCAGCUGGGCAUCGUGUCGCUGGCGCUUUUCCGCACUCUGAUCGGUUUGCACUGUGAAGACGUCAUGUUGCAGCUCAUCCUCAGGUACCUGAUCCCGUGCAAUCACAUGAUGCUGAGUCAGCGGCGCGUGGUGAGGGAGCGCGACUUCUACUCGGCGUCGGCGGCAAAGAUCUUGGCCUUGACGCCGUCCUGCUGCUCGCCCGACCGCAGCCCGCCGCCACUCCGACAGCUGGAGUCCAUCCUCUUCUCCAAAGCUGAGAGGGACGGCGGCGUCUCUGUGGAGGGCGACCCCGUCGGGAACUCCUCGUGCACCAUCGGCUCCGAGAUCUACUUGGACGUCAGCUACCUCCACUACCUGGACGACGCCCACGCGCGCAUCGGCGCCUGCAUGCGGGCGUGCCGAGUGUGGUCGGCCGCGUACGACGGCGAGGACCCCCCUCCGGAGAAAUACCAGCCGGGCGUCCUGGAAGAACCCGCGCUCAGGACGAGACCCCCGCGGGGCGCGGCGGCCCAGCACCUCAGACCCGGGCGACCGCCGCCCAACCAGCUGGAGCUGGAGUGGGACGACAGUUACGACGCGUGCGCGCCGCUGAGCGACGAGCCCAAACUUCCGCCCGUACCGCCCCCUUCCGCUGACCCCCCCAGACACAUCGAGGAAAUGAGAAAGUCAGCCAUUUUGUUGGUGAAGGGCUCUUACGUCGAGGAGAACGAGUUCCAGGAUGAUGUCAUGGUCUACGAUCUGGUGGCCAAGAAAGACGCCGCAGCCGCCGAGGCGGCUCCACGCAAAGACCCCAACCCCGUGAAGAACGGAUUCCCUCAGAAGCACCUGGUCGAGGGUGCUAAAAGUCCCACAGACCCGGGCGAGGACCUCCUGGCUCAGUACGACGAGCUCAUCCGGACGUUCGACGGCGACGCCGGCGCUAAAGCCGGGAAAUGUGACGGAGACGCAAAGGAUGGCGGCCUGGCGGAGGACGAGGAAAUGGACUUCGCUUCCUUCUGCGCGGAGACGCCGGAGCCCGAGAAGCUGCAGUUGCCCUUUGGUUUGACCUUUCGUAGCACCGCCAGGAGUCACUUGGCACCUUUUACAGGUCCGUUUGUCAGCGUCCUGCUGUCGCGCCUGGAGAACAUGCUGUCCAACUCGCUGCACGUCAACUUGUUGCUGACGGGCAUCCUGGCGCAGCUGGCGGCUUACCCUCAACCUCUGCUGCGCUCCUUCCUCCUCAACACCAACUUGGUCUUCCAGCCCACCGUCCGCUCACUCUACCAGGUUCUGGCCACGGUGAAGAACCAGAUCGAGCAGCUGGCUGCAAGCAGUCAGGACUUCCCUGAGCUGAUUGUCGCCGCCCAGCACUGGCUGCUGACCAGGGACACCCUUUACGGAGAAGCAGACAGAAGCAAUCGAGUGCGAAGCGGCGGCAUCCUGAAGAGCUCGCCGCCUCCGCAGCCCAGGUCCAUCUCCGCCGAGCGGACCGACGUGUUUGCCACCGUCCUCUUCAGCGAAUUCCUCAAGGAACUGGCCGCCCUUGCCCAAGAGCACUCCAUCUUGUCUUACAUUCCCAUGGAAGAGUAAUUCGACUCCUUCGGCGGCAAACUCAAGACAUUAUUUUUUUUAUUUUUCUAUCUUUUCAGGCCACCAACCAAAGAGAUGUUAAAUAUAUAUUUGUAUUUAUUGAAGCUUUUGUAGGCGAUUACGGGCCCUUUUAAUUCAAUUGUCUCAGGGUGGGCGGCCUUUUUGGACUCUAGCCUUAGCGACGUUAGCAUCCGCAAGCGCAAUACAGCUCUGGACUUAUUGUCGAGCAAGGGUGCGGUCUCUAAUUUUAAACCUCAUGAAGCGGCGUUUCUAUUAUUAUUAUUAUUAUUAUUAUUAUUGGUACCUAGUCUUUAUGGGGGAAGCCACAUUUCCUCUUCCUUCUGCCACGCCAGCCUAUUUAAUGACUUGUACAUAUCGUAUUCACUAUGCAAAUUAAGGAGAAUAUUAGAAAAUAUUGUGGGGUAAGGUGGUUGGGUUAUUUAAGUGUUCCUUGCUAUGCUAUGUUUAGCAUGUGGGUUAGGAUAUUGUGUCUGUUACAAAGCGCCCCCCCCCCUUUUUUUUUUUUUUAAAGCUAAGUUGUGGGUGGAGAAACUGGAUGUGUCAAUUCGCCCGUCACAAUCAAUCAAUAUUCCGAAGGGCUCGCUCUCGGGCAACAUUUUGGGAAGCGGGCGGUUCAUACAAUAUUUAGUCUGUUUAAUUUCACACUUGAGUUGUGUUGAGAGAGGAAUUUCAGAAGCCCGGUAGUUUGGAUGGAGCUCGUGCGCGUGACGUCACUCACCAUUUUCACGCCGCCAUGUUGCCGGUCAAACAGAGCUGCUCGACAGUGUGGGGGACGUUGAACCGGAGCACAAUAUUCACAAUGCCCGAGACUUUUUGCGCUGUUGCUUGUCGCAACAGACGAGACAGAUAUUCAAAGAGAUCAUUCUAUGGAAUAUCAGCUGAAAAGACGAGAAAACAUCGAUGGAUUUCAGCAAUUAAACGUGAUGGUUGGUGCCCAACCAAAUACACACACGCCUGUGUAGCGAUCGCUUCAUUUCAGGUGGGAAUUAUUCUUCUCAAUCUCAAAUUCCGAACAAGUAUUUAUCAUGCCAAGUUGGCUCAUUUUGAAACAAUGCGUUGGGGGGG